AAUGACAAAUAAAUUAAUAGCAAUCUUCCCCGGAUAAUAGUCAUCUUCUUCAGAGGCCAUCGAGUCCAUCAACAUUGUAGCUUUCGUACAACAAGAAUUAAUGGCAGAAGUUGCAAAACUCCCAAUCAUAGACCUUUCCUCACUUGAUCGCAUUUCAACUGCCAAUUCUAUCCGUCAGGCAUGUAUAGAGUGUGGCUUUUUUUAUGUGGUUAAUCAUGGAGUUGAAGAAGAGUUACAAGAACAAGUUUUUGAAGAAAGCAAGCAAUUUUUCUCUCUGAAAUUAGACGAUAAAAUGAAAUUGCUUCGCAAAGAACAUCGAGGUUACUCACCGUUGUAUGCAGAGAAUCUUGAUCCGUCUACAUGUCGGAAAGGUGAUUCAAAAGAAAGCUUUUAUGUUGGUCCUCUACAUAGAAAUGACCUCAAUCAAUGGCCACCGCAGGAGCUUCUCCCUUCUUGGAGACCAACAAUGGAAUCUUACCAUCACAAACUUCUGUCUGUUGGCAAGAGAAUAAUCUCAUUGAUUGCUCUGUCUUUGAAAUUGGAAGAAGAUUACUUUGAGAAAAUAGGAGUUUUUGACGAACCAGAAGGAUAUAUUCGUCUCCUGCGUUAUCCAGGUGAAAAAAGUGAUUCUGAUGAAGAACUCUACGGUGCUUAUUCACAUUCGGACUACGGAAUGAUCACUAUUCUAGCCACAGAUGGAGUCCCAGGACUUCAGGUUUGUAGAGAAAAGUUGAAGAAACCACUAAUAUGGGAAGAUGUGUUGCACCUGAAAGGGGCAUUUAUAGUAAACAUUGGCGAUAUGAUUGAGAGGUGGACUAAUUGCUUGUUCAGGUCGACUCAGCAUAGAGUGAUGCCAACUCUGCCACGCUACUCUAUUGCAUUCUUCUUAGAUCCUAAUCCAGAUUGCAUUGUCAAGUGUCUAGAAAGUUGUUGCAGUGAAGUAAACCCACCCAAAUAUCCCCCAAUUUGCUCCGGCGACUAUUUCCGUGAGCGGUUCAGGAUCUCAUACGGCUCGGAGUGACGGCGGCCGAGGCAGAAAAAUAGCUACUACAUAUUCUGGCAUUGUGU